UGUCGUGUCAUCACAAAAGCUCAGUAGGCCAGCCCGCUUCAGUUCGUUUGAAAAUAAAACAAAAUUAGAGCCACAGAGCUUGAAUUGAAAAAUAUUAAAAAUUAUUAACACCAACGAGUUCAUAAGGAAAGAUGAAUAUUGAUGUGGGACUAACUGGCGGUGAUGGAGAUGCCGGUGCUGGAUUCAAUUCCUACUUUACACAGAAAAUUUCUGAACUGCAGUAUAUAGUGUCGGAGCGCCAGAAGAAUCUGCUCCGCCUGCAGGCUCAAAGAAAUGAACUCAACUCCAAGGUUCGCUCCCUUCGUGAGGAACUGAUGCUACUCCAAGAGCAGGGCAGCUACAUUGGCGAGGUUGUGAAGCCCAUGGACAAGAACAAAGUCCUGGUAAAGGUGCAUCCCGAGGGAAAGUAUGUGGUAGAUGUGGACAAGAACAUCAACAUGAAGGACGUGACCCCCAGCAGUCGGGUGGCUCUCAGGAAUGAGAGCUACACUAUCCACAAAAUCCUGCCCAACAAGGUGGAUCCUCUAGUUUCCCUGAUGCUGGUGGAAAAGGUUCCCGAUUCCACCUACGAAAUGGUGGGAGGCCUGGACAAACAGAUCCAGGAGAUCAAGGAGGUAAUCGAGCUGCCGGUGAAGCACCCGGAACUGUUCGAUGCCUUGGGCAUAGCCCAGCCAAAGGGAGUGCUCCUUUACGGACCUCCUGGCACUGGGAAAACCCUCCUGGCCCGUGCCGUGGCUCAUCAUACUGAGUGCACUUUCAUUCGGGUCUCGGGAUCUGAGUUGGUGCAGAAAUUCAUUGGCGAGGGAUCGCGUUUGGUAAGGGAGCUAUUCGUGAUGGCCAGGGAACAUGCUCCCUCAAUAAUAUUUAUGGAUGAGAUCGAUUCCAUUGGUUCAUCCCGCAUGGAAACAGGAACCGGUGACUCUGAAGUGCAGCGCACCAUGCUGGAGCUCCUUAACCAGCUUGAUGGCUUUGAGGCCACCAAGAACAUCAAGGUUAUUAUGGCCACCAAUCGCAUCGAUGUCUUGGACAAGGCUCUGCUGCGUCCGGGUCGCAUAGAUCGCAAGAUUGAGUUUCCACCACCAAACGAUGAGGCGAGAUUGGACAUUCUACACAUUCACUCGCGAAAAAUGAACCUCACCCGGGGCAUAGAUAUGCGCAAGAUAGCCGAACUGAUGCCGGGAGCAUCUGGAGCUGAGGUCAAAGGGGUCUGCACUGAGGCAGGGAUGUAUGCUCUGAGGGAACGACGCGUUCAUGUCACCCAAGAGGACUUUGAGAUGGCCGUUUCCAAGGUGAUGAUGAAGGACUCUGAGAAGAAUAUGUCCAUGAAGAAAUUUUGGAAGUAAUCACAUAAUUAUAAUCACAAAAAAUAAUAAACAAAGACUGACAGCAUA